AAGCUGAGGAAAUGGAUGAAGUUGUCUCUGAGAUUUCUUGGGUAUUGACAUACUUGACCAGCUCAGAGGAUGAUAAAUAUACACAAUUAUUGUUGAAAGAAGGAAUCGUACCACUUCUAGUAAAGCGUAUGCGGCCUUUCAAUCAUGGUCCUCUAGCGCUUCCAUUGAUUCGUACACUUGGUAACAUUGCCAGUGGACCGGAUGACAAUACUGACAUUUUGAUUCAGCAGCCAGAUUUUUUACCUGUUAUGCUCGAAUAUAUUCAAAACCUGUCAAAAAAGAAAGUUUAUGGGUCAUGUCCAAUAUUACGGCAACGCAAUCGUCGUCCAGAAGUUUUGAUCAAAGUAUUUAAUACUGGAUUUAUUCCAAUUCUCUCAACUAUUGCGACACAUACCAAUUUUGAUAUUC